UUUUAAUAUAUUUCAAGAUAAAUAUGAGAUACAAUUUUGGGAAAAUGUUCCGGGAGAUAUUUUUAAGCGUGCAGUAAUUUUCCAGUGUAAGGAACCGAACAUGUCUCAUCGUGUUACCACUCUCAAACAACAUCACAUCGUAACUUCCGAAACAAACAAACAUGGUUUCACUACGCUUCCCAUUCAUCUUUUCUAACCCCAAACCACCUCAAAAUCCUCGCCGUUUCUCCAAAUUCACCGCCGCAGCUGCCUUCGCCGGAGCCACCGCAGCAUUCGUCGCUGUCUCUUCCAAUGACCGCCACCGUCUCUUUCUCCAGAAUGCAUUGAAUUCUUUAAUCUCUUCUGAUAACACCUCGCCUCUUUGGGGUUGUCUCAGUUUAGCUGACAGUGGUGUUCCAAUUGUUGACUCAAGGACUGGAUCCUCAUUUCCUUCUGUUCUAGAAGCUUCUCAGAAACUUUGUGGAAUUGGGUUGCGAAAGAAAUGCAUUUUGGGUUUGAAGAACAUUGAUGUAUAUGCAUUUGGUGUUUAUGCUGAUGAUGAGGAGAUAAAGAGGUAUCUUUCUGAAAAAUAUGGGAAAUUUUCGGCUUCCGAAUUGAAAGGGAAUAAGGAGUUUACUGAAGAUCUUUUGGAAAAUGAUAUACAUAUUACAGUAAGGCUUCAAAUUGUUUAUGGAAAAUUGAGCAUUCGUUCUGUGCGUAGUGCGUUUGAAGAGUCUGUUGGAAAAAGACUGCAAAAAUAUGGGGGAUCAGAUAAUAAAGAAUUGCUUCAGAGGUUUACUUCACAGUUUAGAGAUGAAAUCAAAAUACCUGGUGGAUCUGUAAUUCAUCUCACAAGAGAGAAGGGCCAUGUUCUUCGUACAACAAUUGACGGAGAGGAAGUAGGAAGCAUCCAAAGUAAACUCCUGUGUAGAUCAAUCCUAGAUUUAUAUGUUGGCGAGGAACCAUUUGAUAAACAGGCCAAAGAAGAAAUAGAGCUCAACAUGGCUUCUUACCUCCAAAGUUAGACUGCUAAAUAAAAAUCCUCUGUAAGACAUGGGUUCAAUCCUUGCUAAUUCCAUGCCUCUAGUAAUUUUUGUUCGAUAUCGUGUAAGUUAUUUAAUCUCGUUAAUGUAUCCCUUGGGCUUCAAGAUUGCUAUACCAUAAAUUUAUUCAUAUCUUAUUACUAUUACUAUCCCUUAUGCUUGCAA